GUAUGCUUUGAAAAGCACAAAACACACUGCUGCCUACACAGUUCUGCCAGCAUGUCUCAGCAACUUCUCUCCCGGGCUCUGGUGUCAAUAAACUGGCUAGCUGGCGCCCUGAAAACAGGUCAACCAGGCCCAGCUCUGCGUGUACUGGAUGCAUCGUUCUACUACCCACCAAUCAGGAAUGGACGUGAGGAGUAUGUAGAAAAGCACAUACCAGGAGCAUUAUACUUUGAUAUAGAUGAAUGUAAGGACCAGACGUCUCCCUAUGAAAUGAUGCUACCCAGUGAAUCUGCUUUUGCCAAAUAUGUGGGCAAUCUUGGCAUCAAUAAUGCUAGCCACGUUGUGGUGUACGAUGCUGAUCAAGUGGGCAUUUACUAUGCCGCAAGGAUCUGGUGGAUGUUUAAGGCCUUUGGGCAUGAGAAUGUGUUUGUUCUGAAUGGAGGGUUCAGGAACUGGGAAAAGCAAGGACAUCCAGUAACAUCUGAAGUAAUAAAACCACAGCCAGAGACUUACAAGGCUGUGCGAAAUUCUUCUCUGGUAAAGACAUUCGAAGACGUGCAAAAGAACCUAGACAGCAAACAGUUCCAGCUGGUGGACUCGCGUUCUGAAGGACGGUACACUGGGACAGAGCCAGAACCAGGAGGAGAAAUAUUCCCUGGACACAUCCCUGACUCCUCAAACCUCCCGUUCACCAGCUUUUUGACAGAAGAAGGAUUCGAGAAGUCACCUGAUGAGAUGCAGUGCCUUUUCCAGGAUAAAGGAAUAGAUCUGAAGAAACCCCUGACAAUUACUUGUCGGCGUGGUGUAACAGCCUGUCAGCUGGCCUUAGCUUCCUACAUUCUGGGCAAGGAAGAUACUGCCAUCUAUGAUGGUUCAUGGUAUGAAUGGUUCCACCGGGCCAAGCCAGAACAAAAAAUCACUGUCUGGAAAAAUGACAAAUAGCUUGGAGACUGUCUGCCCGUGGGUACAUGGCAUUGUCUUGAUCAUUAGAAGCUGUGUCAUGUGAUACUUUUUAAUUGUAGGUGGAGUUUUUGGGCUGUUCGCUAUGCCAGGCUAAACCAUUUAGUUAAUUUUUUACCAAACCAAAAGUCAAUGAGUCAAAAGUUUGGAAAUGAACCCUGUUGGCUUCAGCAGAAGGAGUUACCUUAUGCCCUGUAUACACGAGCGGAAUUUCCGCCAGCAAAAGUCUGAUGUGAGCUUUUCAUCGGAAAUUCCGACCGUGUGUAUGCUCCAUCAGACUUUUGCUGGCGGAAUUUCCGGCUGCGCAGAGAGCCGCAAAUAGCUGCGGUCACCAGCGACCUGUCAGUACAGCUGGAAACAAAAGAUAUCUGCCGCUACAUUUUAUACGAGCCUUAGGCCCCUUUCACAUUGGAGCGGGAAUCGGUCGCUAGCGGUGCGGUAUUAACCCCCG